CCUCACUUAUGGGUCGGAAGCGCUGCGUGGGGGAGACUGUUCCAAGAUGGCGGCGGGUUGCUGUGGGGUGAAGAAGCAGAAACUGUCCAGUUCGCCCCCCUCCGGCUCGGGCGGCGGUGGUGGCGCCUCCUCCUCCUCCCACUGCAGCGGGGAGAGCCAGUGCCGAGCCGGAGAGCUGGGACUAGGAGGCGCCGGGACGCGGUUCAACGGGCUGGGCGGGCUGAGCGGCGGCGGCGGCGGCUGUACCCUCUCUCCCCCCCAGGGCUGCGGCGGCGGCGGCGGGGGUAUCUCGCUGUCGCCACCUCUCAGCUGCGGAGUGGGAACCCUACUUUCUACUCCGGCCGCCGCCACCGCCUCCUCGCCGUCCUCCUCGUCCUCAUCCCCUGGCUCCCGGAAGAUGGUGGUGUCAGCGGAGAUGUGCUGCUUUUGCUUCGAUGUGCUCUACUGUCACCUGUACGGAUACCAGCAGCCCCGGACCCCCCGCUUCACCAACGAGCCCUACCCACUGUUUGUAACAUGGAAGAUUGGUCGAGACAAAAGAUUGCGUGGAUGCAUAGGUACUUUUUCUGCCAUGAAUUUGCAUUCAGGACUCAGGGAGUACACACUUACCAGUGCCCUUAAAGAUAGCCGUUUCCCCCCAAUGACAAGGGAUGAGCUGCCCCGGCUUUUCUGCUCAGUGUCUCUGCUCACUAACUUUGAAGAUGUCUGUGACUAUUUGGACUGGGAGGUGGGUGUACAUGGCAUUAGAAUAGAAUUCAUCAAUGAAAAAGGAUCAAAACGCACCGCCACCUACCUACCAGAGGUUGCAAAGGAGCAAGGAUGGGACCAUAUUCAGACCAUAGACUCUUUGCUAAGGAAAGGUGGAUACAAAGCUCCAAUUACUAAUGAAUUCAGGAAAACCAUAAAACUGACCAGGUACCGUAGUGAAAAGAUGACCUUGAGUUAUGCUGAAUACCUUGCUCAUCGCCAACAUCAUCACUUUCAGAAUGGCAUUGGGCAUCCCCUUCCACCAUAUAACCAUUAUUCCUGACACUGAGCCGCACAACCAGUCACUGGGCCUCUCUGCAGACCUCUUCCCAGGAGACCCUACACCUUCUUGGUCUAGCUAUCUCUUUUACUGUACCAUUUUAUGAUGAUAGUUUCCGUUGCCAUGGUGAAGCUUCGACGUUUGUCAGUUAAGAUCAUCAUGGUAACGGGUAGGAAAAUGGCAUUUGUUAAGAUCUUGUUUUAUUAUUUUAGAUCAUUGAUUUUUUUUUGCAGCACAUACAGCUUUUGGGGUUUCUUUCCUUAGAAUAUUAUGUGUAUUUUUGCUUUGCUAUCUCAAUCAGGUAUCUCUAUUUUUGUCUUUUCCUUUUCUUUUUCUUACUUCCCUCCCUCCUCCUUUUGACUAUGGAUGGAAGAAAGUUUUUGAGCAUUUUAUUAGGUUUGUCUUUAGUAUUACUCAGUAAGAUAGUCAUUUUUGAUAGCUGAUUUGGAGAGUAAUUCAUAUCAAAUUCAGGUAUUUGUAUAUUAUUCUUGAAUUUGCCUAAAAUUCUCUUUGCUAUGACAACUUCGUAUUUGGGUCAUCAAGUACAUGUUUUUCCCAUGGUUAAGAUAAAUGAGCUUUAGUUUUCAUAAUAAAACUUUGAAGGUCCAUGAUAGGGUUUUUUGGAGAGAAUAAGAAACCAUUUAUGCCUUCUGUGCUGGUUAUCAUAGAAGAGAAUCACAUCAUAGACUCAAUUUACAAACCGAAACACUGCUUUAGGAAAGUACAGUUUCAAAUACGCUAUAGAAAUCAUUUUGAAGAGCAACAAAUAUUAGGAAGAGAUUAGAUGCAGAAUUUAGUGCCUUUGAGAAGACUAUAAGUCAAAUUAAGAGGGGUUUUUAAAAAGGCAAUUUAGAGAAAUAUUCUUAUAAAAUUUUAUUGUUUCUAUAUAAGGAACAACAGAUUACAUGAAUUCCUUACUCCAAAGUAUUUUUUUAGCUGAAAAAAUUAUUUUGCGCAAAGAACCAAAAAGACAUUUGUCUAUUUUGUAUUCAUUUAAAUUUGUUAGCUUUAGGUUUCAAUGAGUCAUAAUUGGCCAGAGACGACUUUAGCUGCCAUCUAAAGAUAUGAUAAAGAAAGUCUAGUGAAACAAAAGUUUAUACAUAUCAUAAUUUAAAAUUCAUUUGUCUAUCAUGGAGACAGUGCUGAAGUUUCAGAGAUACUAUAAAAGAGUUUGAAUCUCUGCACUUCAUACUUUUGAAAGAAACACAUUUACUAUGUUGACAGGGUAGUAUAUCUCUAAAGAUGGAGUUCACAUUCAGAUAUGCUACUUAGAGCAACUCAUUUGCAGGGCUAGCCUUUCCCAUGGUGCAUACAAAGAGAACUUAACUGAUGUCAGUGGGAAGUCCGUAUGUUUAUCUCCAGGAAAACUCAGAUGAUUCUGGAAAAAGAUGACCUUUGUUUUAUGGUAGUAUAUAUAGAGAGGUAUAUAUAGAUAUAUAUUUGGGGAAAUAUAUAAUUUUUCAAGCGGGAAGUCAAUAUAACAAUUGAUGAAAUUAUGCUGCAGAAUGUAUAUUCUAAAUUAUGACAUGUCACUGAAUAUCAAAAUGAUAUAGCUUAUUAUACAUUUAGUUGCUGUGACAAGUGACAGACUGCUAAUUCAGAAUUCAUCCUUUUCUAGCUUCUAAAGUAAUUGGCUGAAUUCAUUCUGCUUGCCACUGGGCAAAGCACACUGCUUUAGCUUUUGAUGAGAGUUCUUAGAAGUUUGGUAUCCCUUCAUCCACAGCAUCCAUCAUUGAAAUAAUCAUUUUCAGUUGUGAUGCCUUAACUAAGAAGCCAAUUGCUAGCCUGAAAUGCAAUCUUGGUAGCCAGUUCCAUUGAACCCAGAGAUAAGUGGGAAAGAGUUAGCUAUUGGGCUUUAGAAAGGGAUUUUGAAUCCUGUUGUUUCUACUUGGGAGCAUUUUGGAAUAGAUUAGUAUUUCAGUAUAAAAUCAAGUGGCUACCUGACAUUUUCUUGCCCUUAUAGGGAAAGUGAGCACAAGCUAAAUGGUAUUGUCUGCUGCAAAAAAAAAAAUGUAAAUGAAACAAACAAAACUUAAGAGAGAGGGGGUAGACCAAUAUUGUUGUGAAAUCCAUUUACCAUUUAUCCAUCAUCUCAUCAUUUCAACAGGCUCCUCGUCCUGGGUGAGCUUAUCGCUACAAGUUUUGUUUUGUUUUGUUUU